AUGCUCGUUCCCACUGUGUUGCGCAACAUUGUGCUCCCGUACCUGCGGGGCACAGCUGAAAACGCAACAACAGCUGCGUACCGCAAGGUCUCCGCCGCGUCCAUCUCGAGCUCGUCACGGCACGCACGUCCAGCUGAGGCUACAGCUGUGCGCGACUCGGGUGAUGGUGCCUUCCGGAUAUGGGAGCCCAUCUUCACGCACUCGUCCGCUCCGCGGCCACCACCGGAGCCGCCGAGAUCGCCACGGAGGAGAACUCCGUCACCACCGGAAUCGGACUUCAGCUUGAAGGACAAACAAACGAGAGAGAGGAAGGGAAUUCAGCAUGAUCAAGGUGUGUUACUAGCCCAUGGACGACCUAACACCGCAGCUGCCCCAACGUUACCUCCUGUUCCGGAAGUGGAGCCUCGAGCACAACCGACGCCGAAGCGCCGAUCACUGGCUCCGCGGCGAAGGGGGAAGGUCAACGUCCCGCCGGCUGUCGAGAAGCUGCUCCGCGCAAAGCUGUACCGCAUGGCCGUAUUCCACAUUAUCCGGACGCCGGAGCUCAUGACGAACGCGUCGCUGCUGGUCCAUGUCAUCAACGUGCUCGAAGCGAACGGUGCUGGCAAGCUCGCCGAUCGGUUACGGACGACGAUGGACCUGCGAACACGCGCGGACGUAGAUACGAAUGAGCCGGCGCGUCUGUGGUCGAACCCGGGGUCGUCAGAGGUGCAGCGGCCGUCGACGUGGUGGCGCCUGCCGGUGAUCCCGCGUGCGGUCGAAUCGUACCCCGAGGCGACGGUGACAGAGCGACGGACGCACUACUACAACCACCUCAUCACGAGCUUCCUGACGAAGCAGCAUUCGGCGCCGUACGCUUCCCCGGUGCGUGCGUCCGAGCGUGGUCCCCGUCCGCCGUUGCGCAACAUGAAGUGUGUGCUCAAGUACGUUGACCAUCUGCGCGAGAAGCAGGGUUUCGUACCCGAUCGUGUCACCGUCAACAUCAUCAUCAAGGCAUGGCUCAACACGAUGGCGAGGAACACGGAGGGACAUGGCGACCAUGCUCGUACCCACUAUGACCGGCAAGGCCUCGGCGCUGAGGAGCUCCGUGGGAUCUUUGAUGUCGUCGCGACCACGGUGGAGCAGGACAUCUCGGAACUGGCCAAGACCGGCGACCUGGGCAAGGCGAAUGUCACUAUCACGAGUGUCGCGCCCGUCCUCCCUGCAGCUUCUGCACCGCCCGCCGAGGCUGCGGUAGCCAAAGCCGGGCCCGCCGAGGUCACACCCGGAGGUGCCACCGCGGGAACCGCACAGCCGACGCCCUUCAACCGCGCAAUCAACUACGAACACCACGUCAAGCCGUUCGGGAACAUGAUGCGGCGCGCAUUCGCGCGCGUCGGUGACCACACGGGACGGAUAGCGACCGAGCGCUGGAUGUACCGCGUGGCGCAGCGGCUUGGCGUUCCUAACGAGCAGCUGCACGCCUCGGUCCGCCGCGCCGGCGAGGAGAUGAAGAAGCAGCAGCAGAAGUAA